GCGUUAAAAGUCCACAUAACCUUAUCACAACAUAGCCCGAUUAGAAUUAUUACUGCUUUUUCUUUUGGUUUUUGUUGAUUCAUGUCUAAUUUCUGUUUUAAAAAAUGUUGAACACUAGUGUAGCUAAUAGAAGAUUCCAAACCUUGAUGAAAAUAUUGAACACUGCUAAAUCAGACUCAAUAAUAAAUAGUACAAGGGCCUAUGUAACUAAGGACAGUGUUGCAAUAGGAAACAUUCUUAAAGAGAUCAAAGAAGUUAAAUGUCCCUACUACGUACCAAGACUUUACUAUACAGAUGAUUUACCUCAAAGUAGUCUUCAUCAUUUGAAAUGGAUGAUGCAAAAAGAUCUUUUGGGUCAGGAUAUGUUCCUUAUAGGUCCUCCAGGACCUAAAAAGAGGUUUCUAGCAAUGCAGUAUAUAGAAUUAACUAAUAGAGAACAUGAAUAUGUUGCCCUAAGUAGGGACACCACAGAAAGUGAUUUAAAACAACGUCGUGAGAUAAUUGGCGGUACAGCAAAGUAUUUUGAUCAAAGUGCUGUAAAAGCUGCCACAGAAGGACGAAUUCUGGUCCUUGAAGGUGUGGAAAAAGCGGAAAGGAACGUGUUGCCGGUUCUGAACAAUCUUCUGGAAAACAGGGAGAUGCAUUUGGAAGAUGGCAGGUUGCUUAUACCCGCUGAAAGAUACGAUAAAUUACUGAAGAAAUACGGCAUUGAGGAUUUGGAGAGGUGGAAAUUGGUCAGAGUUGACGAAAAUUUCCGAGUGAUUGCUCUAGGACUACCUGUUCCCAGAUACAGAGGUAAUCCUUUAGAUCCCCCGUUAAGGUCUCGUUUUCAAGCUAGAGACAUAUCUUCAGCUUCAUAUCAGGAAUGGCAUAGAGAAUUAACUUAUUUAGCCAAAGACGUCUCUCAAGAAAAAAUCGAUAAACUGCUCUCAUGUGCCUUCGCUCUGCUCAACAAAGAAACGAAAUCUCUAAACCUUCCAGAUUUUCCCGUGGAAAACUUGAUACUAGCCGCAAAAAUUCUAAAUAGUUAUCCAGAGCUUUCAGUUUACGAUAUAUUUUAUCGCCUCUAUCCAUACAAGAUCUUUCUCAAUGAUAAUAUAGAGAAUGUUGAAUCUUUACUGAAGACAUUUAUUGAAAUUCCGUCAGAAGACAGUUUUGCAAAAAGCCCAGCUUUCAUGAGUAAAAUAAUUACAGCAUUUGCUAAAGAAACAAAUAAAACCGAUGAGUAUGUUAACACCGAAUACCAACAGAACGUACUCAACUCAAUGCUUCAAACAGUCCAGUCAGCUGAUUUCUGCUUGAUCGGUCCAAGCGGAUCAGGGAAAACCAUGCUCUUAAAACAAAUGGCAGGCGGAAUAAACCGACAGCUAGAAAACAUAGUGCUGUACCAAGAUAUGACUUCCAGAGAUCUGCUUCAGCAGAGAACAACCCUGGAUAAUGGUGACACAGUCUGGACAUUCUCGCCCCUUGUUAAAGCAGCUUUGAGCGGUAAAAUUGCAGUAUUGGAUGGGAUCCAUAGAAUACAUCCUAGCACGUUAUCAGUAUUGCAUAGGCUAGUACACGAUAGAGAACUUCAACUCUAUGAUGGCAAAAGACUGAUAAGUGCAGACAGAUAUAAAUUCUUAAUAGAAAAUAUGAAAAUAGACGAAAUUAAGUUAAAAGAAGCAGGAAUUUUACCUAUCCAUCCAGAUUUCCGAAUAAUAGCCGUUGGGGAUCCCCCUGCGUUCCAAUCGAAAGACGGCAACUGGAUUUCCCCAGAAAUUCUGAGUUUAUUUGCUUUCCACGACUUACGAACAUUAGGAAAAGUAGAGGAAAUAAACGUAAUCACUACAAAGUUUGGACCAAUCAGCAAGGAACUUCACAAAAUCAUAAACCUCGCUCAUUCUUUGAGAGGACAUCAGGAUGCUACCUUAAAAAACCUAGCAGGACACUUAUCAACAAGACAAUUAAUCAGGAUAGCCGCCAGGAUGAAACACUUUGGAAACGAAGAUCCCUAUUCGAUUCUGGAAGAGACCUUCAUGAUGAAAUUCCUUCCAUCGCUUACGAAAAAGUCUUUAGAGAAAACAAUAAUUUCAGAAGGCAUAGUACCACAAGACAAUCCGAUUUUAAACAGGGGAGAACAAAAUAUUAAAUGCGAAGUUAAAGACAACGUUUUGACAAUAGGCAACACCUCAGCACCAAUAUACCAAACAGAACAUCAUACUAAAGUUCCAAAAAUACUGUUUUACGAUAUCCCUCAGCACGUAAAACUCAUGGAACAUCUUCUUCAAGAUUUUCAGUUAGGCUAUCAUCUCCUACUAGUCGGGAAUCAAGGAGUUGGGAAGAACAAAAUAGUGGAUCGCUUUCUAGAAUUGUUGCAUAGACCUAGAGAGUAUAUACAGCUUCACAGAGAUACUACUGUACAAACUUUAACAACUCAACCCACCGUCAAAGACGGUCUUUUGAUAUACGAGGAUUCACCACUAGUCAAAGCAAUCAAAAAUGGACAUGUCUUGGUUGUUGAUGAAGCUGACAAAGCCCCUACUCACGUCACUUGCAUCCUGAAAACCCUAGUGGAGUCUGGACAAAUGAUUUUAAGCGAUGGAAGACGUAUAGUCACGGAAAUACCCCAAAACCAGACGAAUAUUGAUGAGACUUACGUCCAAGUGCAUCCAGAUUUUCGCAUGAUGGUCCUGGCUAACCGUCCAGGGUUUCCAUUUUUAGGAAACGACUUUUUUGGGGCUUUGGGCGAUUUGUUCAGUAGUAGAGCAGUGGAGAAUCCCUCAAGGGAGUCGGAGAUAGAGCUACUGAAAAAAUACGGACCUGAUGUUCCUUUGAAAAAUAUUAGAAAAUUGGUUGAUGUUUUUGGAGAGUUGAGAGUAAUGGCUGAUCAAGGGCAAUUGAAUUAUCCAUAUUCAACUAGGGAAGUUGUUAACGUUGUGAAACAUUUACAGCAAUUUCCUGAAGCAGAUUUGGAGGAUGUAGUGUUUAAUGUGUUCGAUUUUGACAGAUACAGUCCGGAUCUUUUAGAUUCCUUAGGUGAAGUACUGCAGAAACACGGGUUUGCCACUAACGUUCUGUCACCUGAGUACCUAGCGGCCAAAAGGAGUAAAGAAAAUGUUCAGGUUACUGUCAAAAGAAAGAGCGGGUUAGAUGUAUCUUCACCGAAGCAUGGAAAGGAAGAUCCAAAAAACGAGCCACACGUUGGUGGUAAUACCUGGGCAGGAGGUACAGGUGGCAGGGACACAGCAGGUCUGGGAGGCAAAGGGGGACCUUACAGACUGGACAAGGGACACAAAGUCUUUCAACUUUCAGAUGAAGAAAAAAAUGCUGUGCCAGAGCAUGUCCUCAAAGCAGCAAGAGAAAUGAACCGCAAAGCGUUCGCAGAAAAACUAAAGGAAAUCGGAAUGUCUGGAUAUGAUCACAAUGUAUAUAUGGAGUUUUCUGGACCAGUUCAAAGGCAGGUACAGUCGCUGAGGGUGAUUUUGAGUAAUCUCCAAGCUAAGAACAAGGAGAGGCAUUGGUUCAGUCACCAGACGUCUGGGGAGUUGGAUGACGUCAAACUAAUUGAUGGUUUGUUGGGAGAAAAAACUAUAUACCGAAAAAGAUCUGAAAAGGAACCAGAAAUUGGAGCGCCUCAAAUAAAGCCUAAGUAUUUUCGGGUGGUCGUUGAUGUUUCUGGAAGCAUGUACAGGUUUAAUGGGUAUGAUGGACGGUUGGACCGGGAACUAGAAGCAGUGGUUUUGGUGCUGGAAGCUUUUGAAGGUUUCCAAGAUAAAAUUAAGUACGACAUAAUAGGACAUUCUGGCGAGGAAUACAAUCAUGUUUUUGUGUCCAGAGAUAACCCACCGAAAAACAAUAAAGAACGUUUAGAAGUCAUUCGGAAAAUGCACGCACACUCCCAAUUCUGUUGGUCCGGUGACAACACCUUGGAGUCAACCAAAUGGGCUGUAACAACCUUAGCUGAAGAAGACUGUGAUGAAGCAAUCGUGGUGGUACUUUCAGACGCCAAUCUGCAAAGGUACGGCAUUGCACCUUCCAAGUUAAAUGAAGCUUUGACCGCCAAAACGAAUGUUAGUUCUUAUGCCGUGUUUAUCGGCAGUUUAGGAGACCAAGCAGAGAGAUUGAUUCAAAAACUUCCUCAAGGUCGAGCAUUCAUCUGCAGCGAUACUAAAGAACUACCACAGAUUCUGAAGCAAAUAUUCUCGUCUUCUGUAAAUGUAUGAUCAAUGUAUAUUUAGAAAAUAGUUCAAUUUUAUUUAUACUGUGUGUCCAACGAGUUUUUCGACAGAUGACAUCCAAGAAAUGACAGAAAAUGUCAUUUGUCUGUUAAUUAAAAUGACAGACAAAACUGUCAUUGCCGGGGAUACUCUCGUUGGAGAGAUUAUAGCUGAAUUUUACUGAGAUUUAUUUUUUAAUUAUGUAUUUUUAUAAAUUAUUAAAUGGGACGUUAUAUGUUAAUAAUAAAAAUAAAUUAUAUUCUUCAGAAAAUGUGUUUUUCUUCUGUCUAACGUAAUAUAAUAAUACAGUUGAGAGUACAGCAAACUACAACACUAGUUCACCACACAAUACACUAAAACACUUUACUUUUGCACUGGGCGCGUGCCCCUAACCAUGUUAGCGUCAUCAGCAG